GACUGAAAAAGCAUUGAUUUAACAACAAAAGUCAAACACGCCAUUCGUUACUAUCUAUUCUUUGCAGCCACCUCAAACUCUAUGCACCUCGCUACUACCCACGAACCUACGUUAUCAGUCUGUGAUCAGUCUGUGCUACUUAGGCGCGCGUUCUAAAAGAUACCAAAGUUCUAGGCAAGAGUUACGUCAACGCUUUCAUGUCUGCCAAGCCGUUACUACCUCUCGCUCCGCCCACCAUCGACCCCAAUAUGAUGAACCAGCCCGCCCCCACCAUAGAUCCCGUAGCAUUCCCUCCCAACGGUAACGCAGCCGGUUACUCGAGGCCCAAUUCCGGUGGCUACUUUCCGUAUCACCAACCACAAAGACCUCAAGUAGAUGACCAAACUCUGUCCAACACUCUAGCCAAUUCUCAUAUUACACCGCCCCAGAACGAUAACUACCAAACUGCGAAUCGCCAGACUAAGUUUACCGAGGAGUGGGAUUCGAGUAUGAGAGGGGAUUCAGUCGUCGACGGUCCAACAUCCCAGCAGAAUAAUUACCAGCAUUCCACCAUGCAACGCUCCAACUCGAUAUCCUCGCGACCCGAAAUCCUUAAUACCGGCGAUGGCGCAAGCACUCACGCUAUAUCCCUAUCGAGGGGGAAUACCCUGAGGAAGAAGAACUCUCUUCGUAGGAGUGGUAGUCUCAAGCGCAGCAGCAGUCGCAGGAGCAUGAAGGCCGGCAGCGUGAGGAGCCUCGCUUUGCAAAGUUCGCACGAUACAGACGAGGUCCAUAGCGCAUUCUAUUGCCCUGUGCCGACUUCGGGCAGCCCGACAGAAAUACUGGCCGAGAGAUUUCAGUCUUGGAGGAAGAUUCUCAAGGAUCUCAUUGCAUAUUUUAGGGAAAUACAAUCGCACUACGAACAUCGAUCCAAGUCGCUUCUUAAGCUUGCUAAUGUACUUAACAAUACGUCAACGCCGCCCGGCUUCCUCUCGUCCGGUGGGCUAGAUGAUGCGCUCCAGAUCUUGAGAGACCAUCACAGAAACAUGAUUAUAGAGGCCAACAAAGCCAAAGAAAUCGAACAAGAUGUCAUCCUAGCACUAACCGGCUUGAGAAGCGAUCUUAAUCAGAAGAUAAAAGAGAUAAGGGGCCUAUCGAGCGACUUUAAGAACUCGGUCGAGAAGGAAAUGGACAGUACCAGAAGAGCUGUCAACGCAUUACAAGAAGUCCUAGGACAGAGCGAGUUAGAUUCCUCUACGACUACUGGAAAGCAAGAUCCAUAUCUCUUGCGACUUGCGGUGGAUCGCCAGCUUGAAAGGCAGCUCGACGAAGAGAACUAUUUGCACAAGGCAUACUUGAACCUCGAGUCGUCAGGUAGAGAACUUGAAUCGAUCGUCGUCGGCGAGAUUCAAAAAUCGUACAACGCGUACGUAGGUAUUAUCAAGCGAGAAGCGGACGCGGCGUACAACGCCAUCGACGAACUCCGCGCCGGCCCCAUUACGAUGCCUAAGGACCACGAGUGGAUCACCUUCAUUCAGAGCAACUCGCAGUUCGUCGAUCCCGACGUGCCCCUGAGAUCCGCCGAGCAUAUCCAUUACCCGGGUCGAGAUCAUUUUGCUUGUCAGGAGAUCCGUGCAGGUCUACUCGAGCGCAAGAGCAAGUACCUGAAGAGUUAUACGGCCGGAUGGUACGUAUUAUCGCCCACUCAUCUGCACGAAUUCAAAUCUGCAGACAAGACUCAAGCACCUGUCAUGUCCCUGUAUCUUCCCGAGCAGAAGCUGGGAUCUCACUCCGCAGAAGGUGGCUCUUCCAACAAGUUCAUCCUCAAGGGGCGACAGACUGGGGCUAUGCACCGCGGUCAUACCUGGGUCUUCCGUGCCGAAAGCCACGAUACUAUGAUGGCUUGGUAUGAAGAUAUCAAAGCUCUUACCGAGAAGUCUCCCGAGGAGCUUAGCAACUUUGUCCGGGGCCACUCUCGCGCGUAUUCGCGGACGUCGCAGCGCACUACGAGUUCGGAUGGCAUAGUAGACGAUGAGGAUGACGAGCCGUUCUCGGUCGAUCCCGCCGUUGCGAGCCCAGGUUCUCGACAGGACUCUAUGCAAAACAGGCCUGAGCCAGGAGGUCGGUUUCCAUCCGACAUACAAGUCAACGCACAGAGGGGCUUACAAGUACCGCGCUCUCCCAGCAGUGUCGGCUCAGGGCUUGUAGGGAACGAAUACGCACUUAGCGGCGCCAACGGGAGCGUCAACCAAGAUCGAGAGGUAAUCGCAGCCGCGGGCGCAUUACCGGGUAGCGGCAUGGGCGAGCCUUAUCCUACGAACCGGGCAUCGCAGAUAGUUCCAGUUGGCCAGUCCUACGGGAACACUCCAAGCGUGAGAUUGGACCAAGCACACAGCCAAGCAGUAGUUAUUGACCAUGAGGCGCGAGCAGAUGGUGUAAAUCCUUAUAACGGAGAACCUAUCCAGCAAGAACAGCAGCAGCAGAGGGGACUGCCAAGCCGGCCCGUCAUCAUCCCCGGUCCAGCGUCUAACAGCACGUCGCAGACCCUAGAGACUACCACCAGCCAAGACUCGGGGAACCCCGGCGCAUACGAGAUGGCUACCGACGUACAACAGAAAUAUACGCCGAGCGCGGGGGCGGCGUAUAGUAUAUCAAGCAAGGAGCAGCCGCAGAUCAUCGGCGCAGGGAAUGGGUUCGUGAAGCCGCUGCCAAAUCCGGCUACAGGUAUGCCAUUUUCGGGGCAGAAUGGACAGCCGAGGCCGUACGGUGAUAGGACGAGUAGUAACCCUCACGUCCCUGGUGAGUACCCGCGAGGCACACCGGGGAGCAUACCGGGUGCUUAUUAGAUGCCUGGAAGGACUUGAUUAGCGCCUCGGACAGAACGGAUAUCCUGUUGCGGUAGUGGAUUGAGGAUUCUGCGUUACACAGCCUCGUGUUCCCUCCUGGAUCGUUUGGAUAAGGCGAGCGAGCGCUGCUUUUGGUUUAUUCUCGAUAGAAAGGGGACAGUCGAACUGUCUCUAUAGACGACGGGACGCUGGAAGUAGACCUUUUUCAUUUAUCCUUCUUUUUCUUUUCCGCGCGGCGUUGGUUUCUCUCGUUUUUUUGUAUACCAGAGCUUGCCGAGGUUGCAAAAAAGGGGACGGGGCGGCGGCGGGUCGAAUCCUUGUUUUGGUUUGUUUUUCCUUGCGAUGGGAUACUUGGGGUAGCGGGCAGAUAGAUACCCUGCUCGUACGAGUUGCGCAAAGCAUGCAAUGGGACUUGAAGCUGUGUUGUGCGGGUGGGUUGGGUCAGGAGUGGGAUAUGAAUAUUGAAUAUUGAUAUAAGUAUGGAUAGGGUAUGGGUAUGGGUAUGGGUAUACGCAAACGCAAUAAGAAAUAUGA